AUGAACGCCGAAGAACUUCGCAAUCAAUUGGAGGAGUUACACCAAGAAAACGCUCGCCUUGCAGCACUACAAACCCAGCAAUAUCCAACAGCUUCAGUGAAUCGCGUUGCCGUCAAGUUGCCACCUUUCUGGUUCGAAAGACCGAGCUUAUGGUUCUCACAGGUUGACUCGCAGUUUGCAAUCUCGGGAAUAACAAGUGAGGAAACAAAAUUUAAUUAUGUUGUGGCUCAGCUUGAUACGCGUUACGCCGCCGAAGUAGAGGAUAUUAUUACUAACCCACCGCCUACUGAACGCUACAAACAUCUACGCGCAAAACUCGUUGAACGGUUGUCUAUCUCAGAAGAACAACGUGUGCGGCAACUCAUCAAUGAAGAAGAACUAGGUGACCGUAAGCCAUCACAGUUCUUACGACAUCUCCGUUCCCUUGCCGGCACUACUACAUUACAAGACAAUAUUUUACGUCAACUUUGGCUCCGCCGUCUACCAUCACAUGCACAAGCUAUUUUAACCGCACAAUCAGAGCUUCCUCUGGAUAAGGUAGCCGAGCUGGCUGACAAAAUUGUUGAAGUGCAGCCAGCCCCCUCGCAAUUCGUCCAUGCUGUUGCCACGACGAACAAUAAAAAGGAACUCGAUGUUUUAGCCGCCAUUGAAGCACUCGCAAAACAGGUAAGCGAAUUAUGUGCUAAACGCCCGCAACGUUCCCGCUCUAGGUCACGUAACCGUUCAAACGUGGAACUGACUAACGGCAAAGGAUGGUGUUGGUAUCAUAGCACUUAUGGAGAAAAGGCUGCCAAAUGUAAGGCUCCCUGCAAGUAUCAGGAAAACUCCAACGACAUCGACUCCGGUUCCGACUUAUCUUGUUACCCUCAACAGCUACUAUGGGAACAACGCCAUGCCACCGAUUACGACCUCAGCGCGGCCAACAACAGUACCAUAAAAACUUACGGGACGGUCCAUCUCAAUUUGAAUUUAGGACUUCGACGCAGUUUCCCGUGGAGUUUUAUUGUCGCCGACGUGAGUACUCCUAUCAUUGGUUCCGACUUCAUGGCAUACUACCAUUUGCUGCCGGAUUUCCGUACCAAACGUCUUAUUGAUGGUGUCACAGGCUUGGCUGUGAAUGGUAAGGUUUCCUCUGUAAAUCAAUGCAGCAUAAAAUCAGUUGCCAACACUUCCCCUUGGACUGCACUUCUCGCAGAAUUUCCGGACAUCACACGUCCCACCGGAUUGCCCAGGACAAUAAAACAUCAAACAGUGCACCACAUUCUUACGACACCUGGUCAGCCAAUAGCCUGCCGCCCACGCCGCUUAGCUCCAGGUAGACUAAAAAUCGCCAAACAGGAAUUCGCGGAAAUGGUCAAGGCAGGUACCGCUAGACCUUCAAGCAGUCCGUGGUCUUCACCAUUACAUUUAGCACCGAAAGGGGAGAACAGCUGGCGUCCUUGCGGUGAUUACCGCGCGCUGAACGCCCGAACUAUACCAGACUCCUAUCCAGUCAGACACAUACAUGAUUUCUCGCACAACCUGGCUAAUUGCACGCUAUUUUCCACAAUCGAUCUGGUAAAGGCUUACCAUCAAAUACCUGUUAAUCCGGACGAUAUAUGCAAAACAGCCAUUACCACUCCAUUCGGACUUUACGAAUUUCCUUUUAUGACAUUCGGAUUGCGAAAUGCUGGACAAACUUUUCAACGCUUCAUAGACGAAGUUACCAAUGGGUUACCACCGGAACGCGUCGACGCCCUACGACAGUAUCCAUUGCCAAAAUCUAUGCAAGGAUUACGCCGGUUUUUGGGAAUGGUAAAUUUUUAUCGCCGGUUUAUUCCCAAAGCUGCCGACCUGCAAGCACCACUUCACGGUAUUCUCAAAGGCCCGAAGACAAAAGGUUCCCAACCGAUAGAAUGGACUCCCGAGGUAGAAAAAGCGUUCACCACAUGCAAAGAAAGUCUUGCGACCGCUACUCUUUUAGCACAUCUUCAUCCAGCCAUUAAGUAA